CUCUACAUCUCUAUUGGGCCGAGUAGUCUAUGACGGGAAAUCCCCCCGUAAUUCUAAAGGAUAUAAAGCCGUCUUCUGAUUUGUCAAUAGACGAUCAGCAGUUAUGUGUGACGUAAUAUUGUAAGUCUGGGGAAGCAGAAUCGGCCAUAAGAUGCGUCAGUUUCUUCAGAAUUACUAUGGACUUAAACCAAGGGUAUUUUUACAAUUCGAUUUCUACACGUGAUGCCAAAACCAACGGAAGACAAUACCCCAAUACGAGGAACGAAAAACCCAUCGCGAUUUGAUAUCCAAAGCCUAUUAAUUCAAUCGAAUCCGUCGCUAACUACAACAAGUAAACACAACUCGGAAUCUACCCCCAAAUCAUCACCCUUCGAACUGAGGGAGAAUGAUCCUAUGGAAUCUAGUCCUUCACGUUCUGACAAGACAACUACAAAAGCCCCGCAAAACCAAGUACCGAUGUAUCCUUCUCAUAGGCUAACGUACCCAUCAAUUCCCCAUGGUUAUGGACAACAUAUUGCUUUGACAAACCUUCACUUGUAUUCAUUAUGGUCGGCACAAGCACAACAAGCACAAGCUGGCUUGCUCAACUGGCCUGUACUUCACCAUUCAAAUCCUGUCGUUUCUCAAACUCCAUCAAGAUUACCUCCACCCCAACCAUCACAAAAUAAACCAGCUGAUGAAACUAGAAAUCAUUCUAGCGAGAUACAAUCAAAUGAAGACAUUAAUAGUUCAAACAGUGCAACAGAAAGUCUUCUUGCUGCAAGUGAAUGUCAUAUGGCAAUAUGUAAAGAUGAGGAUGGGGAUACACCACUUCACAUAGCAGUUGUUCAUGAGAAUAAAAAAAUAAUACAAAAACUGAUUGGGUUGAUAUCGUUUUCAAAACUUACUGUAAACACACCAAACAAUUUAUCUCAAACUGCCUUACAUCUUGCAGUUAUAACUCAACAACCUCAAGUUGUCUGUCAGCUCAUGAAGGUAGGCGCUGAUGCUCUCAUGCAAGAUCGAAAUGGUCAAACGUCAUUACAUUUGUGUUCAGAAAAGGGAGAUGUGGCAUGUUUGACAGAAAUAGUGAAUUUAAUGCAGGGAAAAUUAAACUUGGAGAUAAAAAAUUUUGAAGGAAUGACACCACUACACUUAGCUGUUCAAAAGAAGAGAAUGGAAGUCAUCCAGGUCCUUGUACAAUAUGGUGCAAACAUUGAUGCAAAGGAUGGCAAAAGUGGUCAUACCCCACUACAUCAUGGCAUAGAUCAAGAGUACAUCGAAAUUUUACAGUUUUUGGUGUCGAAGGGAGCCAACAUUAACGAGCCCAAUUUUUCUGGAAUAACGCCUUUACAGAGCGCAAAUAGCUGUCGUAAUGACACCAUAUCAAAAAUAAUUCUUUCGCAAGAAACGCCAAAUAGUUCCAGCGCUACAUUGACAAGGCCAAAUGUAAUUCAACAAAACUUAGCGAGCACUGCUGGCCACAAAGCCACAAAUUCGUCAUCGCUUCAUUUACCUGCAUUGAAUUCUAAGAAACGACAGGAAAACGAAAAAAAGAGAACAUCUUCACAUAAACGAAAAACUGAAUCACCACCAAAUUCUUCAAAACGAAGUAGAACGGAAACCCAAAAAUCUUAGCUCGGUUUUCGAACAUGCCUCAUUGAGGAACCUGGCUCAGAUGGUUUGAAAGGAGCAAGUGCGCCAUACGGUCGAGGUAUUGGUAGCUCAGCUUUAUCGUCAGGUAUGUAUGCAUUAGGACGAGGCUCAGCUGUCGUAUAUACAUCGCCUGCAAUUUUGUACUGCUCCUGGAGAGCCUCAACCUGAAAAUAUUAAACAAUCAGAUCUGAGGUAUGACUGGCAGUGUAUCAAUUUACCACGUUGUACUAUACACCAAGUAACUAAUAAAUGUGUCAAAUGAUUCUUGACGCAUUGAAAACUUAUUAAUGAUAUAAUCAAGGUCUCAAAACGUCUGUUUUUCAUAUACCAAACCCAAUGUAACUUGUUAAUAUACGUCAUGCCUUUAUUUGAACUCUUGUUUAAUGUAAUAUACAUUGAGUUCAACUCAUCAAUUAAAGGAUGCUUGACUUAGGCCUUUAAAAAA